CGCCGCACUGGGUUUGUUUACGGUCUGAGCGUGGAGGGGCGCUAAUAGCACAGAUUUUUCACGUCGUAAACACAUCGCUUCCCUACCGAGAAAUACUUGCACAAUGGUGCGGUACCACGACUACAGACCGUGACAACCGUGCAUGUUGUACAGACUUGAAAAAGCACAUUUAUUUUCGACGCAGUCCGUGUUGCUCGAGCCGAAAUCCGAUAUCAAAACAUGGAGCUAUCUUACUAGUGUACUAACCAACAAUGGUGACGUUAGCACAGUUUGCUAGUAGCCUGGUAGGCUUCAGCAUUUCAGAAGAGGAACUGAGAAUCGCUGUCAUCUUGUUUUGAAACUAGUGUUACUGUGUGUCAUACGGUGGCUGACGGCUUCGAGUUUGUUGCGGAUUUCAGGGGAACGUUUUUGUGUAAUGUAAACAAGUCGUUGUCUCUAUAGCCUGCCAGUUAGCAACUGUCUGGUACACUUAAGGUAGUGAAUAAAUUGAUGCUGAAUGGGGGUGGAGUUUUUACUGGGACUGGCGCACAAGCUAGAAUAACAUUAGGUAUCUGUUGCCAGUUUGGGAAUACAGUGUCAGACAAAAUGGUUUUAAGGAGUUGUUGGAAAUCUCGACAUAAAAUCAGCUAUGGACCUGGUCCUUUUUGGAUCCGACCAGCACUGAUAGCCGUGCUCUGUUUAUAUGUGUCCAAGUUUGCUUGCGGGAAUGGGGCGGUGGGGGAAACCAAGCAUGUAGUCCAGAAAGAUGCGGAGUUUGAUGUCACCUAUAAUGAUACAGUGACAAGUGAAAACCAGACAAUCUAUGCCUUCAACCACACUGUCUCCAGGAAUAAGACAGAGGGAGUGCGUGUGUCUGUGGAUGUGUUGUCACAGGUUUUGGAGAGCCCUAUCCUGUUUGUAGUACGACAGAAACAAAAUGUGCUGUCUUUUCAAGUCCCUCUCAUACUAAGAGGCCUCUACCAGAGGAAGUACCCUUACAACCAUGUGGGCCGCACAUUGUGCCAGCCUCCAACCCGGGUCGCCUCCGAGACCCAGUAUUUCUUUGUGGAUGUGUCAACCCUGUCUAGCCAGGGUACAAACUACAAGCUCAGGGUCAGCCGUGUUGAAAGCUUCACCCUGCAGACAGACAAGAAAUUCAACUUCACUGCAUCACCAUCUCAGCCUCAGGUAUACACGGAGGCAUAUGUGAUGGGCAUGCUGUUCUGCCUGGGCAUCUUCCUCUCUUUCUACCUUCUCACCUUGCUGGUGGCCUGUGUAGAGAAGAUGCGAAUGAAUAAGAAGAGAGAGGUGUUUCAGAACCCUGCUGACAUGUCGCCUGCUGAGACAGCCUCUCUGCUUGGGAAGAACCGAGACGGCAGGAGUCCAGUCUCGCCAUAUGAAUAUGGCUCCAUUGCUGACAACGGCAGCACUCUGAGUUCAGAGGCCAUCACCGACAGCGCCACCUCAACUGACAACAACUAUGGAUACAUGGGGCAGGAGCUUUUCAAACGUCGACCAAUCCUCAAUCACCUUCACCACUUAGCCAUCCACAUCGAGCGAUCAUUGGAGAGUGUUGGACGAAGCAGGCAGGAGUCUCUGAGCUCUGUGGAGGAGGAUGACUAUGACACGCUGGAAGACAUCGACUCAGACAAGAACAUUGUCCGUACCAAGAAAUAUCUCUGCGUAGCUGACCUGUCCCGCAAAGACAAGAGGGUCCUCAACAAGAAAUACCAAAUCUACUUCUGGAACAUCGCCACCAUUGCUGUGUUCUAUGCCCUGCCAGUCGUCCAGCUGGUCAUCACCUACCAGACUGUUGUCAAUGUUACAGGAAACCAGGACAUUUGCUAUUACAACUUUCUGUGUGCCCACCCACUGGGAGCUCUAAGUGCAUUCAACAACAUCCUCAGUAACCUCGGUUACGUGAUGCUUGGACUCCUCUUCCUCCUUAUUGUGCUCAGGAGAGAUAUUGUCCACAGUCGAGCUCUGCUUCGCAACAGUCUCAACGCACUGGAGUGUGGUAUCCCAAAACACUUUGGCCUGUUUUAUGCUAUGGGAACUGCUCUAAUGAUGGAGGGCUUGCUCAGUGCCUGCUACCAUGUCUGUCCCAACUACACAAACUUCCAGUUUGACACUUCCUUCAUGUACAUGAUUGCCGGCCUGUGUAUGCUGAAGCUGUAUCAGAAGAGACACCCAGACAUCAACGCCAGUGCUUACACUGCCUAUGCCUGCUUGGCCAUGGUCAUCUUUUUUUCUGUGCUCGGAGUGGUGUUUGGCAAAGGAAACACAGCCUUCUGGAUCGUCUUCUCGGUGAUCCACAUCCUGGCCACUCUUCUCCUCAGCACGCAGCUCUAUUACAUGGGCCGAUGGAGGCUCGACUCUGGAAUCCUGCGCAGGAUUGUGUACGUGAUCUACACAGAUUGCAUCAGACAGUGCAGUGGACCUAUGUACAUUGACCGCAUGGUUCUGCUCGUAAUGGGGAACAUAGUCAACUGGUCUCUAGCUGCCUAUGGGCUCAUAGUGAAGCCUAAUGACUUUGCCUCCUACCUGCUGGCCAUCGCCAUCUGCAACCUGUUGCUCUACUUUGCCUUCUAUAUCAUUAUGAAGCUGCGGAGUGGUGAGAGAAUCCAGUGUCUGCCGUUGGUGUGUAUUCUCUUCACAGCCGUAGUGGGGGGUUUUGCAUUGUAUUUCUUCUUCCAGGGCCUCAGCACCUGGGAGAAAACACCAGCAGAGUCUCGUGAGCACAACAGGGACUGUAUCCUGCUCUCUUUCUUUGAUGACCAUGACAUUUGGCACUUCCUCUCCUCCAUUGCCAUGUUUGGAUCCUUCCUGGUCCUCCUGACCAUGGACGACGACCUCGACACCGUCCAGAGAGACAAGAUCUAUGUCUUCUAGAUUUGCCAGAUCUUCUGUGAUGACCUCAGCUCUUCCUCUCGGCCUUAUCGCACUUCUCUCUCUCUCCUCUCCAUGUUUUCAAAAAGCACAGCCAGUAGCCUAUUUUUCCCAGGCUGUAUAGAGGCGCCUCUCUGCUUCUCGCAGCCAAUCACAGCAGGUCAGGGAAAGGCUCCCACCUGUAUGGACAAUAAUGUCCCAAUAAAGAGCUGCAUCGACAUUGAGUGAUACUGAAAUGUUUUGUUCUCUCGCUGCCAUUGUCGACAUAACUUUUGUAAUCAGUGUCACUCACUGCUGAGUAAGUUAACAUUGUAAAGCACUUUUAUAUCGUCUGCAUUACAUUUGACCUACAAGUCAGUGUAUUUUGAAAUUACUGUUUACAUGUUUAUAUGCUGUGUGUGUUUGUACAGGUGUAUGUGUUUACAGACAUGAAUCCUGUCCAUGUCAGUGGCCUUUAAUGUUCUAUUAAUAGUCACAUACUGUUCUCUGAUCGGUCAGACCCUCAAACUAGCCAUUCUUCUCACUGGAGAAUAUUGAUGAUUUACUUCUCGACUGCCCUCAUGUCUGACUGUGAAGGUAUUUUGAACAAUACUGUUUGAAUGUUUAAUGUCAAACACUGCAACGAAUGGUUACUGAAUAAAGGGACAAGGGUCUCAAUUUGA